GAGUGCUUUACUGUAUAUAAUGAUAACUCUAGUAUUGAUUGCAGUCAUUAUUGUUUAGUUUAAAGACAACUAAAGACUACAACAGUUAUAGUCAAUUGAAUUGUGCCAUAAAUUUGACUGUUUUUGCUUUAUUGUCACCAAACUUGAUCCAUACAAUCGGCAGAUAUUAUAUGAUAAGUAAAGGCAAUGACUAUUUUAACUCAAGGAAUCAGUAACAAGAAGUUAUUGAACAAACCAUCGGACAGUAAGCCAUUGGUUGGUGCGGUCGAGGCAUCGGCUCCUAAGGAUAUAGAGAGUGGUAGCACAGCAUCGUUGGCCAGUAUUAGGAUUCGGGCCCAAAGGGUCAACAAUUUAACAACUCUUUGCGUUACAUUGACAGCACUUAUUGUGUUGACCACUGGAAUUGUUGGCGGAAUCUAUUUGUAUCGACAAUUUGCACAAUACAGGUUGAGACAUUUCCGUGGUUGGUGUACAAUACCAUAUGUCGAACCAAACCAACGUUAUCAUGACUUACAUGCCAUGCAAUCGGAACCAGCAAUUGAAACACACGACUUAAGAGACAAUAAUGGACAACCUCUGGAUAUCGAGUCACUGAUUAAUGAUUUAUCAAAACAAAUGGACGAUACCUUUAGAAAUAAUUUGCCAGAAAUGGAUCACUCAUUUGAUGAAGAAUUUGACAUCGAUGUUGAAUUACAACAAUACGAACGCAUAGAAGUGCCCAACUUUUCACACGGAAGGAGGGGUCGAUUUGUUCACGAUUUUUCAACAAAUAAGACUGGAAUUGUUGACUUGGAUGAGGAACGAUGCUUUGUAUUGCCAUUGAAUCGAAGUCAAGUUCUUCCGCCACAAUCAUUGUUUGAUUUAGUGGUUAAGAUGAAGAGUGGAUACUAUGAUAUCGACACACAAAUUGUCAGAGAUUUGUAUAGAGUAGUGACGCCUCCGAUAACUGAUUUUAAGAACUUAGGCUAUUAUAUCGCUAGAGAAUGCGCUACAUUACCAACAUAUCGAUUGGAAAGGAUAACAUCACCCGUUUACAAGCGAAGUAUUGAUGAAAAUGAAAACAAAAAAGUUAUAUUUUCUGAGUUCGCUGGUAAAGGUAUUCAUGAGUUUCAAAUUGUCAAUCUUCACGACGCAAAGGGCAACAAAUAAUGUACCAUAAGAUAGCACAUCCCAUUCCUCCAAUAUCUCAAAUUUAUAUAUAGUGUUUAUAUAUAGACACCUCUCAAUUACUUGUAAAUUAUAUCUCAUAUCAGAGUUGUUGGUCUUCAAAAUGUUUGUAACCAAAGAGUUUUAUUUAAAGGUAAAUAAUUAACUGCUUAAUAGUGAGUUUGGA